CCAAACAUGAGUUGAACACGACUAUACAAUAUCAUCACUUAAGUAAAUGACGAUUAAUAGUAAAAAUGAACAUCAAAAUUAGUCAUGUUAUACCAAAGUUUAGUGUUUUGUUUGUUUUGUUUUUUAUUGAAAUCGCCAGCAGCUUAGUGCUACGGGCCUACAUAUCACAGCAUGGCCUCCACGGAGAGAUCGAGUUCUCCCAGAAGAAUGAAACGCUCAUCAGCAUCAGAACAAACCUGAAGCCAACCCUCCAGUACCCUGACGGGGUCUGGAGAUGGACCAUACACGAAUUCCCAGUCGACUACAGGGACAUCUCAGAUACUAGAUGCUCUGAAGCCAAUCUUGGCAGGGAGCUGAUAGAUUUGACAGAAGAAUUAGGGUAUCUUAUUAUUCCAGGGAAAGAUCAUGCGGAAUUUGAAAGCAGGAAUAGCUUAACUGGGUUAAAUGGACUUUGGGGGAAAAGUAUUGUUUUUGAAACAGCAGAAAGAGACAGAAUAAUUUGUGCCUCUAUUCUAUCAACUGAAGAAAAAUACGAGAAACAUGCUAUGGCGAAAUUCUCGUCUCCCAUAGCUGGCACUUUGCAUUUCAGAUGGUUGACCGCCCCUGAAUUUGAUGAGGCUGAUUCCUAUGUACAAUCAGAUUUGUAUCACAUUAAAGCUAUUCCUGAUAAAGUCGAGAUCACUGAACAUAAAUGGAAACUGUUCGUGACAGAUAUAUUUGAUUCUGAUAGAGGUAACAAUGAAGAUAAUUGUAAUAUCCUGCAGAUAGUAUUCGAUCCUGAUAACAGUGGCGAUGGUAUGAGUGUAGGAGAUCUGGACGCUCGUCUAGGCCUCGUUAAAGUAGCUACAGAUGGUAGUGUUAGAAAAGUGAAGACUCUAUACAAGAAUGAAGUGUUGAACGUGUUGAGAAGUGACAUGGAAGUGACGAAGCGCAGUUUGUACGUCGUGAUAUAUGAUCAUCGACAUUCGGAUAGUUUUCUGGCGUGUGCGAAGUUAAGGCCGAUGGAUCCAAAAAGUACAAAGACCAUAAUCAACAUGGACGGCAUCAAAGGAACCGUGGACUUCUCUCAGCGUUCUCCCUUCGACCCAACAUGGGCGACCUUCAAACUUGGGUCGUCUGACGAAGACUACGAGUCCAACCUUCGAUUCGUGAGCUCCAUGCUGCAGUACAGCAUCAGGGAACUCCCUCCGAGGCUGCUGGACGCCAGUCAGAUUAACAAUAUUUGUAAUACGACUGGGGAUUUAUACAAUCCCACGAAGAUUGAGCUGCAGAAUGUACCGCCUCCAGGACUGGGAACGCAAGACCAGUACCCCGUGGGGGAUCUCCUGGGGAAGUACAAAGACCGUACUGAGUAUUUGAACCACAAGUACCUGCUCCCUGGGCUGGCGAAUGAGCUGAGCGGGGCGUACUGGGAUGUGUUCCUGCCACUCCAGGGGGUUCAUAGCGUGGUACAUCGAGGGUUGGCUUUGGUCAGGAGGUCACCCAAACGCGAGCUAUGCGGCACCAUUCUCCCAUACGAACAUAGCACGGGCUACCAAGUGCAGCUGACUUCCGCCGAGGUCAUUUUCAGAUACCCUAUCGUUAGCAGAGUCAUCUUCAGACAACCUCUUAAUAAGCAUUGGGAAGACACCACCAUUAUCAUUGAGAGUAUGAUCCACGCAGACGGUUCCAACACUAACGACACAUUCGAGCACCGCUGGGCGCUCCACGAGCGGCCGCCGGGCGCCGACUUCUACAACUGGACGGCGCGCUGCCUCAGCGCGGGACAGCUGUACGAGCCCCGCGGCCUGGACGUGGACGCCAGGCGCCUGGAGCGCUCCUGCAGGCCCGGCCUGGAGGGGCUCUGCAGGGUGGGAGAUUUCACUACAAGACACGGAAUGCUGGCUGUGGCUGGGAAGAAGGUAGACAGCGCCCGGCUCACGAGGAAGCUGUUCACGGACACGGUGAUCGCGCUGGCGGGGAGGUUCUCCAUCAUGAAGAAGUCGCUGGUCAUUUACGACGACCACGGGCCCGUGGCGAGGGGCGAGCGGAUGGCUUGCUCCAUAGUGGGCGGUCUGCACCGGCGCAAGGCGGUCGUCCGCGACUGGUUUGGGAACGGCGAGCCUGCCCCGCUGACCGGGAGGCUGGAGCUGACCCAGCAAUCGGAGUACGACAUCACCAACGUCCAGGUCACGCUGGGCGGCCUGGACGAUGUUGGGAACUAUAAGAUACACGCGGUGCCGGUAGAAAGAGAAUUAGAGUUUCCGUGUGAGAGGACGACUCUAUACGAUGCUUUCAAUCCGUUCAAUGUUAACAAAUCGCUGAGUCCACCGCCAACAAAAGGAACGGCAGACCAGUACGAGCUGGGGGACCUGGGCAGCAAGCACGGGCUGCUGGACGGGGCGGGGGCUUACAGCGCGGCGUACAACGACACCCAGCUGUCUCUGCACGGGCCCUACAGCGUCAUAGGGCGCUCGGUCGUCUUACAUAAGAAUAGCAAAGACCGCCGCUUCGCAUGCUCCAGCAUCGAACGCGGGUACUCCCCGUCGGAGGCGCGGGAGAUCCGCGCCAUCGCGUCCUUCCACCACCCGGGCGGGUUCGCGUUCGGCUACAUCCGCAUGACGCAGCUGGUGCACAAUGACGGCAGCGUCAGCGACACCGUCAUCGAGGUCAAGCUGAGGCACCCCGGGGUCAGGGACAGGAAUCUUACGCUGAACCACAAGUGGAGCGUGUUCGUGAACCCGGUGGGCGUGGACGCGGCGGUGGCGGCGGCGCGCGCGCGCUGCGUGGCGGCCGGCUACCGCUGGAACCCGCACCUCACGCAGCUGGCCGACCCGCUCAAUCACGACCUUUACGAUCAAGAAUGUGGCGCUGACAAUCCUCUGCGUUGCGAUGCUGGCGAUCUGACUGCUAGAUUAGGGACCAUAAACAUCGGCGGCGCGCGGCAGAUGUUCGUGGACAGCAACCUGCCGCUGGAGGGCCGGGUGUCGGCCAUGGGCCGCUCCGUCGUCAUCUUCGGGCCGGAGCGGAGCGCCGAGCGGCUGGCGUGCGCCAACAUCGAGCCGGACAAGGACAUCGUCAAGGCUUUCAAUAUCAACAAGCCGCCGAGAUUUGUUCUUGGUCAGUUCCUGUCGGAGGUCCGCCGCGUGCUGGGCGUGCCCGAGUGGCUGGCGGGCGUGGACGCGCGGCGCACGCGCACGCUGCACUCGGGCGCGUGCCUGCAGGUGCUGCUGCACUUCAGCGGGCCGCACGCCAACCGGCUCGAACUGGAUUUCACCAAAUUGUUGGCAACAGGUCGCCUGGACUCGCCCAGCAUCUUCAUCCCUGGGUUCGUGGACACCAAGCGGAAGAAGACGAUCUCGUACCGCCAGUGUGGGGUCACAGACCCGAAUGAGACUAAAAAGUCCUCAUUCUUCUCACGGUCUGCAGUCCCGUCAGCAAGUGGAAAUGUUUCAGACUCCGCAAGACUUGCUGUAUUAUUGUUUGUAUCGUCAUCGUUACUGCUUCAAACACAAUGGUGAACACUUAAUUUGUUUGUGAAUGCAUCUGUUAGAGGUCUCGGCUUGAAAUAGAAAUAUAGUUGAUUCAGAACGUAAUAAAAUUUUGGGGGUUAUGACUCAACGAUCUCUCCUAUUUCUACCAUAUGUCUUGAAUUUAAAUCAAAACAAUAUUUCGAUGGCAAUUUGUCAUGUCAUUUACAUUUCAAUAAAUUAAUUUUAUGUCUAAUAUAUUAGUUUUUGUCAAAAAGCUACCAGCUACAAACUAUCUUAGCAUUUAACCCCCUUGAGGCUAGCGUCUCCUUUAAGGAACAGAACGGAACGCUCUUAAGAACAGAACGGAGCGCUCUACAGAUCAGAACAGAACCCUCUAUAGGACAGUACAGAACGCUCUAACGAAAAAACAGAACGCUCUAAAGGACAGAACAGAACGCUCUUAAGCACAGAACAGAACGCUCUACAGAACAGAACGGAAAGCUCUUAAGAUCAGAAAGGAACGCUCUACAGAACAGAACGGAACGCUCUACAGAACAGAACGGAUUUAAUUUAUAAGUAUAUGUGAUUAUGUUGAAAUUAAUCUAUAGAAUUAAGUAAUUAUGACGUCCUUAAAAGAAGACUGAUUUUUACUGUCUGAAAAGAAAUUCUGCGUUGAUUGUAGAAGUCGACUCAGUUGUAAGUUUGUAAGAUGUUGAAAGAUAACUCAUUCCAA